AUAUGAUCUACGCUUUACACAUCAAAUUGUAAGAACAGAAUGUCGUCACUGUUUAUCUUAUUUCUUUUGCUCAUAUUUUGUAACCUCUCCUUUGGAAAUGACAAGAGAAUCACAGUAUGGAUUAAUGGAAAAGCCAUACAUUUGGAUUUGACCAAAAAGAAAGCUGGAUUUGGCUUUAAGGGUGCUACUGAAGUAAGUGAUAAUUCUACCACAGUCUACCUUGCUGAGUCACUGUGCAAGUCUUGUGAUAAACUUUCUGGAGCAGCUCGAAAAAGUAGAUGUAGGAAGAAGUUGUGUGACGAUGAUGACUUCGAAAAUGUUGAAAUGAAAAUAGAAACAGAAUUAAAAUGAAAUUGUUUUGUAUGUCUUGAAAGGAAAUAAAAAUCUCGUUUUCCUUCAUUAAA